CAGAGCGUGACCUACGCGUGUGGACAGACCAUGGCGUUGAAUAGCUGUGUGUGAGGUUAGCAUCUGAAAAACACCUCCGGACAGACGCGUCUGCGCACUGAAAGCUGCCGACAGCGACGGCGGGGUGAAAAAUAAGGAUGGGGUCCCGAAUCAAGGAGAGCCCUGAAUCCACGUUUGAGGUGUAUCUGGAGGUAGCCCGUCUAGGCACACACAGCUCUGGGCUGGAGGUGCAAAGGCAGUUCCCUGAAGACUACACAGACCAGGAAACUCUGCAGACUGUGCCCAAGUUCUGCUUCCCCUUCAGCAUGGACAGGUGUAAUAAGCUGUUAAUUUCCUGUUAUCUUCCUCCUUCUCACCGUAGCACUAUCCGUCCUACUCGUCACUACACAGUCUUUCUCUCUGAGGAUUCAUCCGGAGACGAGCUCCAGUACGAUGAUGACUCCAUCUCUGGCUUUCCUGACAGCUUUCUCUUCUCCGUUCCUUUUGAGUGGUCGCCUCUGCCACAGCCGUACCGCUCCCUAAAGGAGGUUGAGUUGAUAGAAGGGGACGAUCCUGGAUUUGCGGCAGAGAGUCACACUGCCCCUCCCAGCCCAGUUAAUGAGAAGUUCUCCAAUGUCAACCUGCUGGGUGAUAUCUUCGGCUGCCAGGACGAGCCUGACAGCCAUCCACUUACCUUGGCUAAAAGUCUCGAGGACCUGAGGACUUCCAAAGACUCUGCGGAGCUACAAGCCAAGUUCACCUACCAGCGGAUGGACUUCAGUGUCGAUGAACACUCGCGAACGCUUCCAGGCCUGAAGCUCUCCAACCCUUAUAACAAGCUGUGGAGUAUAGGGCAGGAUCAGACAGCCUUGCCCGUUUGUGUGCCUCCUGCCUGCGAUAGACCUGCGCCUGUCCAGCUUCCUGUGCGGACAGAUGCCCACUCUCCGAGCCAUGAAAGCUCCGGCCCGGGCCCCGAUUCUUUGGACUCUUCCAUCCCAGGCAACAUCACCAUUCCACGUCCCCACGGAAGGAAGACACCUGAGCUUGGUAGUGUCCUAGCACCCCCUGUGGCCCAGACGCGCUCUAAACCAGCAGGAGCUGGUGAAGGAGGGACUACAUCAGGGGGACAAGAGUUUAGGCAAGCCCUGAGUAUGACCACAGAUGGGGACCUGCUGAAGCCCACCAAGGCUACCAAAGACAGUAUAGAUCUGAUAAGCCUCCUGGACCCUCUGAACAGCUCAGCUGCAACCAGUUCCACUUCAUUGAGUGAUGGGGUAGAUGUUGGUGUGUCAUCCUCUUCUUGCAAACCAACACUACCACCAAGGUCUUACCCACAGGCUUUGCCCCCAUUUCCAGUGCAUACUCAUAUAUCCCUCAACCCUUUUGCCCAGUCUCUGCAGCAUACCUCCCCUCAAAUGCAUUACUCACCGACCGUAAGUGGGAAUCCCUUCAGUGCACUCUAUGGGCCUCCACCAGGCUCUUACUUACACACUCCACCCCAGCCGCAGUCAUUUUCUACACUAGCGGGCCUCUACAGACAGCAUUCGCCAGGCAGCUCGACUCUGCCACCCAGCUAUGGACUGCUCCAGUCUGCCUUCGCUUCAUCCGUCACCUCCCUGCCUCAGUCCUCUGCCAGCAAUCAUGCUCUUUCCAGCCUGGCGGACUCCUCGUCUGUCCCCAGUACAGCCCUGAACAUACUGGCAAAGCCACUUCGUGCUGAGGGAGACAGCCAGAAAAAUCAGGAUCCUUUUGGGGAUCUGCUGACUAUGGCCAAGCCAGCUACACCCCAAAAAAAGAAAGCGGAGGACCUUCGGAGGAGGUGGGAAACAUUUGACUAAAACCUGUGAAUAUGGACUAAGGUACUCUGUCACUACCCAAACUUCCCUCACUGCUCUAUCAUGACCUUCUGUUGCAGUUAAUACCGCAUUAGCUCUAAAACACUCUGCUUGUGCAUCUCACAAUCGUAGAAGAAUAUCUUAAACUGAGAUUAAAGACAUGCUGAGGAAUGCAACUUGAGAGUUGAGAUUCUUCCUAAUCGUCUAUUCCAAAGUGAUGAAGAUAUCUGUGGGCUCUGCUAGCUUUUUAACAUUUAUAAGUAUUGUUAGCUAGCCAGAACUAAAAUGAUUUAGGAAACAUAAGCUAAUGAGGCUUACAUGAUUUCCCCUGCAGCCCAGCAACAUUAACGACAGUAAGCAGCUGCUGCCGCCACCUUCAUUGUAUCCAGUGUAAAGUCAAGAUCUGAGGAGAGAGGGCGUCUCAGCAACGUGUACAGUUAUUUGCCACUGCUGUCUGAGUUGAUGAUGGCUGAGCUUUUUUUCUGCUUUCCACCUCAGCUCACCGUGUGCCCAUGGCAACCAUAGAAACCACACAGGAAAACGAUGCUGGUGCCCCUUUAACAAGGCUAGCAGCGCAUGUAGCUUAUUGUAAAGGUUGUUAGUGCGUUCAGAUUUAGGUAUCGGUUGGUUAUGUUCUCCCUGCUGCUUCCUAGUUGAAAUACUGAAAGACAGUUAUGUCACCGGGUGGCUGACACAGUAGGAACCGCUGUCCUAAAGCACCUCAACUCACAAGCUAACACCCAACAUUAAAGUUAUAAUCCUUCAUUUUCAUUAUAUUAGAACUCCAUUUUUGUUUUUUGUAAUGAUUGGGGUCUUCAUGUCCUGUGUGGGAUUCAAAUGGUGUACCCACUCAAAAGGGCUUCACAGGAAGCUGCAUGUACUGGGCAUGAAGCAAAAGACGUCACUAGAUCAUUAGUACAGUUUAGUACAUGUUUAUUAAAACAACGUGACAUAAUAAACCCUCUCAGCCCACAGUUUGAUACAGAAGUUGCUCUUCCUCUAUGGUAUUUCUGACAGGAAAUCUUUACAGGUGUUUUCGCUGCCUCCAGUGGUUGAAGCAGGUGUUUUCCCUAGCCAUCACCACCAAAUCAACCAGGGCUGAAAUCUUACAGGUCAUAACUUAAAAUAAAUAGCUUUUCUUACCACA